AUGGGUUCUUCAGCCCCCAGUAAAGAUGUUGUCGAGAGGAGAGAGUUGGAGACCACGAAGAUGAACUUGGUCUCCAGGCCAACCACAGUGGGUGUGGUCAGCGGUGUGGGUGUGGCCAGCGGUGUGGGUGAGGCCAGCGGUGUAGGUGUGACCAGCGGUGUGGGUGUGGCCAGCGGUGUGGGUGUGGCCAGCGGUGUGGGUGUGGCCAGCGGUGUGGGUGUGGCCAGCAGUGUGGGUGUGGCCAGCGGUGUAGGUGUGGCCAGCGGUGUAGGUGGGGCCAGCAGUGUGGGUGUGGCCAGCAGCAAUGGGUCCCGGAACAUCACUGAGGCGCGGCGUAGAGACAAGCGCUGCACGUGUUACAGCUACAGAGACAAGGAGUGUGUCUACUACUGUCACCUGGACAUCAUCUGGAUCAACACACCCGAGUGA